GUACAAUGUUAUGUAUAAAACGUGUUAAAAUUGAACGUUAAAUUAAUGACUUUGGACACCAAAUUCACCCACCUGCAGGUUUUUACCACUGAAAAUCAAGAUGUGCCCAAUUUACCGGAUAUCAUGAUAGCAAGGUGAUAAAUUAGUGUUGCUUAAAGACUAAUCCAUGUAAACACAAAGACACGAGACACUUAUAUGAGGGGCAAAUAUGGCAUGCACUAGGGGGAGAGAGAGAGUUUUCUGCACACACACACACACGGUGGCGCGAGACGCAUCGAUAGGAAAUGUGCGUGCAUAAAACACGGACGUUUCAUUCGUGCGCGUGCAUUUAAUAGCGUUAUUCACGCGAGGGAUUUUUUUGAUCGUGCAUAUAUAUGGUUCGAAAAGACUGGCGUCACUGUUCAGUCAUGAUACUCUCUUCUUCCUCGACAAUCCUAUGUAUUUCGUAUCUCGGUUUCUUCCAAUAAGCACCAAUGCAUCCAUGCACCCGCCUCCCUGCGCUCUCAAAUAGAUGGUGCAAGUAAAGAUGUCCAAAUCUUCCGCAGACCCUCUGUCUGGUGUGGAAAACGCUUCUCAGUCGCACUAUUUUCAGAUACCACGAAAGUUGCCGAAGCGCAAGGGAAGGUUUAAACGUUCGGAUGGCAGCACUUCUUCAGACACCACCUCCAGCUUCAUCAAGCGACAGGGUUCAGCUGAUUCGUACACGAGCAGACCUUCGGAUUCCGACCUGUCAGCGGAGGAGGACCGCGAGGCGUAUCGGCGUGAAGCCGAACGCCAGGCCCAGCUGCAGCUCGAGAGAGCCAAGUGCAAACCUGUAGCAUUCGCAGUGAAGACGAAUGUGAACUACUGCGGGGCUCUCGAUGAAGACUGUCCCGUUCAGGGUGCUGCCAUAAACUUUGAAGCCAAAGAAUUUCUGCACAUUAAAGAGAAGUACAAUAAUGACUGGUGGAUAGGAAGGCUGGUGAAAGAGGGGGCAGAUAUCAGCUUCAUUCCCAGCCCACUCCGACUGGAGGCCAUGAGACUCAAACAAGAGCAAAAACAGAGGAAAAGUGGUAACUCCUCCUCAAGCCUGGGUGACAUGGUAUCUGGAGGUUGGAGACCCACGCCGCCAUCUGCAGGUGAGACCAAACAGAAGCUAAAGCAGACUGAACACAUUCCCCCUUAUGAUGUGGUACCGUCCAUGAGGCCUGUGGUUCUGGUGGGACCUUCACUCAAGGGCUAUGAGGUGACGGAUAUGAUGCAGAAAGCUCUGUUUGAUUUUCUCAAACACCGCUUUGAUGGGCGGAUCUCUAUAACCCGGGUGACCGCUGACCUUUCUCUGGCCAAGAGAUCAGUCCUCAACAAGAGACCCAUUAUGGAAAGAUCCAACACACGAACCAGUUUGGCGGAGGUACAGAGUGAGAUUGAGAGGAUAUUCGAGCUGGCUAAAACCCUUCAGCUAGUGGUUCUGGAUGCAGACACCAUCAACCACCCAGCACAGCUGGCUAAAACCUCACUAGCUCCCAUCAUUGUGUACGUCAAAGUCACUUCACCAAAGGUCUUACAGCGGUUGAUAAAGUCAAGAGGCAAAUCGCAGAGCAAACAUCUGAAUGUUCAAAUGAUGGCGGCAGACAAACUGACUCAGUGUCCACCUGAGAUGUUUGAUGUCAUUUUGGAUGAGAACCAAUUGGAGGACGCCUGUGAGCACCUCGCUGAAUACCUGGAUGUCUACUGGCGUGCCACUCAUCUGCCAGGCACUGCCCCUCUUAAUCCCCUGUUGGAGCAAAACCUGAUGACCCCGCCCUCAGCAAUCUCCAGUCUACAGAACCAGCAGCUGUCGCCUGCCAGGGGUGGAGGGGUGGUUGAGGAGGAAGAUCAGGGGGAGCAAGACAGCCUCAUGCCUUCAGACGAGGCCAGUGACUCUCGAUCCCUCCACCGUGGAGGCUCUAGCUCCCUGCACCCCCCUGAGGAUGAGGAAGAGGAGGAGGAGGAGGAGGAAGAGGAAGAAGAUGAUUACACACCCAACCGCCACACGUACCGGGACAUGUACCCACCCAACCGUAACCAACCCGGGGGAAUCAACAGUGCUAACGGACACGAGUCACAGGACCGACUCCUGCAACAGCGAAACUCGCAGGAUGGACACAACCAACGGAACAACCGCCAACGUAUGCGCGCCUGGCCGAGAGACAACUACUGACCGCCCCAUCUGGAGUAGUUAGAAAAGACAGGGUCAGGUUGUUAAUCGGGGUGAUGGGAUUGGUGCAGAACUAGAAAGCACACUGUAUGUGUUUGUGGAUCAAGCUGUCCAUGGUUGAAGAAAAGAUCCAGCUGUUUUUUGAGCUUUUGUUGUCAUUGAGGUAUUGCACUACACUGGCUUUUAAAAACAGCGCAACUUUUCUCCUUUAAGAUUAACCACAUCUUCAUAUCAAAACAUCGUUUGAGCUUCCUCUGGAGGAAAACUCCAAACACCAUAUGAGUCAAUUAUUACCUUAUUAUUCUGCCUAUCAUGGAGUUCAAUCCCCCCCUGAACAUAAUGAGCACAGAAGGUAUUAUGGGAAAAAGAAAAGCACUUUUCAAGCAUGAGUUGUUAGAUACCAUAAAAUAUAUUGUAGCAUUUUGUUGCAUCUUUGUUGCUAAUGCUUUUUUAACGUGAAUAUUACUAUUUUUGGGUUCGAACCUUUAAUGCUGGCUUUAAUCAUUCAGGCACCUGACAUGAGCCGUCACUUAUCACAGAUGUAGCACACAUUGCCACUUGCAAAAGCACCACAUAAAUGUGUUACAGAAUAUGUAAAAGAAGGGAAUUCAGGGCAAACAGGGUUAUGCUCGGCUUUUGCAACUGCUUAAUGGGACUGUAGUCUGGGAUUGCACAUAGGGUUAAUUCCAAGACUGAAAAGAAGCAGUCGAUUUCCAUCCUGCUGCAAAAAAAAUCUGGGUCAGAUCAUUUUUUUCUGAGCUAAAGAAAACUGGAGAAGCAGCAAGUUAAUCAGUGUCCAUGUAUUUGCUUUUUAUAGAACUGCUUGUAGCUCACCGGGUUUCUGUGUUUUUAGUUUUGGGGAAAAGAAUGGUCCUGUAGCUUUCUGGGUGUUUUGGAAUUGAGAGUGGAUGAAUGCGUUGCUUUAUAAAUAUGAAUUAAAACCUGGUCUAGGUUUAUUGUACACAGUUUCAACUCAUACACUGGGUGAUCAGUACCAGAGAUAGGAAAAGGAGGUAGAUAGACCACUCAUGGGAAAUAAGUACAAGAAUCAAUACCAUCCAACCCUUAAGUUGCCUCACUCGCAAUGACAUGUGGCCUCAUUUAUAAAAAGUUGUGUAGAAAACAUCCAAAAUUUUAUCUUGCAAUCGUUUUGCAAAAGUGUACUUACGUGUGAUUCAUAAAACAAAUGUACACAUAGACAACACGUUUAUAGCCCUAUUCAGACGGGAUUAGUUUUACAGGGGGACCUCUGAGAAAAUCGUGCUUCUCAGAGGUCCUCUGUGUUUUUAAUCCCGUUUUUUUUUUACAAACACGCGUAUCCACAGCAUGUGCUCUUGUGCAACGCUCAAAUGCAUGAAACAGUCACUCCCAUCUCUGGAAUAGUGUGAGAAUUUUAAUCCUGUCUGAAUUGGUACAUAAAAUCACAGACGUCCUGGGGGACACGUUGAAACUAAACGUCGUUUGGAAAACUAAUCCUGUCCGAAUAGUGCUUCAGAUGUGAAAUCUAUAAAUUGCAAAUGAUUUUGUAACUGUGCACAGCUGAACCGUUGCAUAUCUCCGGCUUUAAACAAUGCAUAAUUAAUGUCCUUAGUGGGGUUCCAUCCAAACGUAAAGUGAACCUUUUUAAAAUACAUAAAAAAAGAAAAACAAACAAAUGCGAAUUAGUUGCGUUUCCAUCAAGUUGUUUGAUCAAAUAACGAUGAUAUUGGUAACUCUUGUUACCCACAGUAAAAAAGGCACGCAUAGAUAAUGGGAGACAGGACUACAUUUAGUUACGAUUGGGCAUGUUAUAAAUGUACUAGCAGUGCAGUUUGUAAUUGCCAAACUGAAUGCUGUGCACAGAAGAAGACGCUUUUGAUGCAGGCACUUGCAGCAAGGGCAUUACGAUGAUGUCGUAAAAGACAACGUUCGCUAAUACAGCUAGACGAUCGGUCAAGUGGGUUUAAUGUUCGCUACGUCAGAAUUUAUUCGGCAAAUGCGUUUCCAUCCACUAUUAUAUGCAUUUACUCUUGCGCAAAAGUCAGAAACCACCUCAAGCAAGCAUAAAAACUUAAGGGAUUUUUAUUUGAAAUUUGGCGUUUACAUCACUCGUUUCUAAUGCGAUACUUCAAAAUGGACAUAAAAUCUGGCUAAUGGAAACCCAGCUAUUGAAAUAUAAAAGAGCACCUGUCAAUGUUAAAUCUUUUUCAAGCAGCAAGAAUGGCGUAUAUUUCCAAAAACGGACAAGCAAAAGUGUGUACGUCUACUCAAACCAUGACAUGGCGCUAAGCACUUUUCCACGUCAAAUACUGUUUUCAUAAAUAUGAAUGUUGCCUAGAUGAUGCGAAAACACACUCUACGAUCAAAUCUGUGCGUAUGCGCGCUUUAUCAAUGAGGCCCAUUGUAAAAGUGAACACACAUUAUUUCAAAUAGCCUAACAAGUACAGUUUUUUUGCCAAAUUGCUAAAGCUAACAAACCAUUUUUUUAUUGAAUAAGCUAUCGACACGUAAGUUUGACCACCGGCUUUGGCUAUUCCAUUUUUCGAGUAGACGGGUUUUGUAGUUGCAUGACUUGGAAAUAGCAUUAGACCAAGAUGGCUACUGUGUUAUAGCUAAAGUAUGGUCCAAUUUUUACGUAUAUGCGAAGGUUCCAUGUACAAUGCGUGUGAUGUAAUUUUUCAUCAUCAGAAGAGUGCACGAGUACUGUAAGCACACCGCCAGAUUUUUAAAACCCUGCGUAUAUCGUACGCUUAGGUCGCGCAUGCGCCUGCAGGAGAAUGUAGUAUGUAGCCCAGGAGAUGCAUUGCAUUUUGUCGCAAUGCACAUGCGUCAAACGUUUGCGUACACAAAUGAGUCAAAUAAACUAUACUUUGCAAGGCUGUGUGUUCAACCGUGAACAGACUAUACUUCGGGUUUUAGCAUCACAAGUAAUUUAUUUAAUGAGAAACGGUAUAUCAAACAAGUGAGUGAUCUUCCUCCAUCCUUCUUUUUCUACAGCUCUUUUCUCUCCGAGGCUUUGUACGCUAAAAGUGGCAGUUACCACCAAUUACUUAAACACAAUAGCGUCAUUACUUUCUUUGGCGUCAGGUUAAAUGCAGGCUAGUUUAAUGACCUUCGUUGGUAAUUAGCAUAUAUCGACAAGGUUGUGUUAUGACAAAAUCCACUAUUUUUUUCCUCUCUUUACAAUGACUUCUAGAUUCGGAUGUUACCUGUAGCAGCUAAGGCUAAGGUUUAUCCAGUGUAGGACCAUUCAGACUGGCCUUAAUGUUUACCUGUAUAUCUGUACCACUGCAUGUCUCAAAUACAAUUAUUUAGGACUAUUUGCACAUUAGGGUUGGAACAGGACCUUUAGAAGACUUUAAGUAUAUUAGGCUAGAAAGUCUAUGAAUUUUUGUUUAUAUUUUAAACUUUGCAACAGGUUAAUAGUAACACAUCUAAGGAUAGCUAGUGUACAUAUAUGUAUUGAAUGAAAACUAACCAGAUCCUGAGUUUAAUUCUUUCGAAAGUUCCUUUACUUUGUCAUUAGUGGAUCUGUAUCUUGUUUUUAAGAAAUAUUGCAAUGUUUACAUAGUCAGGAUUGCAUUCCCUAUGGAGAUUGUUGACGUGAGACGCAUUGAAAUAUAUGUAACGUCGGUUGUUGUAUGGUCAUGUGAAGCCUCAUAAAGUUGCAGUACACUUACAUGUAGCGCUGUUUUGAUUUGGGUUAAAUUUAUAGUUAAAACCUAAAAAGAAAUGUAGAAUUAGUAAUGGCCUAUGUAUUUGAGUAUGAACCGUUGUCAUCAAGCAAGAUAAAUACUUUUAAGGAGAAAUAAAAAAAUAUUUUUCUUAAGAACUAAUCUUUCGAUAUAAUCCAGUGUUUACAUAGAUUAGAGAGUUCAAACAUGCACAGAGACUUGAGUGAAUGUAUAGUUGCAUGCCUUAACACCUCUUGUCCUCAGCACUGAUGUAUUGUCUUUCAUGGGGACCGUGUUAAAUUGACUGUCCCUAAUUUGAUUGUGUUGCGUUGAUUGUAUUGGAGCCGUACACUCCCAGAAUGCACUUUAAAAAAAACUCAGCCCUCAGUUUAGAUUACAGAAGGUUCGUCUUUCAGAUCGAAUUAAGGCUAAUCCCAAGAAUGAGCCAUGCUGUAGCCUUUAUACACAACAAAUCCAAACAUGGGAAACAGUACUUACUAGUGGCCACAGUGAAUGCUAGAGCUUAAACAUACCAUAUGCAAAUGCUUCUACUAACUAUUCUAGAUUGAUUUUCUACGCGAUUGCAUUUCAAAUCGAAGAUUGUUAAUGCAAUUAAAUUAUGUGUUGAAAAUUGAGUGUUAACACAAGGGACCUGGCCAUUGUGAGCUUUAGGGUAAACUGUUUUCAAUGGCUAGUUUUCUCUUCGAAGUAAACCUCUAACAUGCCAAUUAAGCAACUUAAAAUUUAAAGCAACUUUAAUUAAAAUUGUCAUGUUUAUAUCUAGCUAGCUGAAUAUUGCCUUGCAGAUGAGAGUGCAAAUAACAUCAGUAAGAUUUUCUUCAGACAGUCCCUUCGCUAUGACAGUAGUCGGCCUGAAAAGUUUGUAUGAAGACGAUUAUGCGAAUGCAUACUAUAGACGGUUUCAUCUGACGCAUGCAUGUUGUCGCAGUUACGCGUCUGGACGAAACUUAACUUCCAGUCUCUGUUUGUUUAAUGGUCUAGUGGUUAAACUGAACUCUGGAACAAAUACUUGGUAGAAAAUGACAAAUGUUUUGAUGUUUGAGGGGAGACGGCGAUCAUGGAUCAAUGCUAUGUGAAGGGAGGUUUGGCAGCUGAUCUGUCGUUAACAUGAUAUAGUACACAUUUUAGACAGUAACGUAAGCUCAGUGUAGUUUUCGAUACGCUUUAGCUAUUAUUUGAACUAAGGUAAUUUACUUGUUAUUUAUUUUGCUUGUUAUCACAAAUAAACUACUCUUGAAGCAC